AUGUUAGAUAUUCUACAAGAAAUAGUAAACAAAAAGAAAGAUUGGAUUCAUGUUAAGGAUCACAAAGGAAGAAAUGCUCUUCACCAUGCGGCUUCUAUAGGUUACCUACAUGGUGUUCAGUUGUUACUUAAAAGUUGUGUUACAUGUCAUAUGGAAAGAGACAACGAUGGAUUGUUUCCUCUUCAUUUGGCUUCUGCAUGUGGACAUACUAAAGUAGUAAAGAAAUUGCUAGAAAUUUGUCCAAAUCCCAAAGAAAUAGUUGAUGAGAAAGGUCGAAAUAUUGUUCACAUUGCAGCUAUAAUGGGUCAAUCUAAUGUGAUAACGUACUUGUUGCAAAAUGCAAAAGAUGAAGUUAAAGGUAUGAUAAAUGGCAAGGAUUAUGAUGGAAACACUCCCUUGCAUUUGGCUGCCUCAUAUUGUCAUCCAAAAGUUGUGCAAGUCUUGACAUGGGACAAAAGGGUUGAUCUUCAUUGGCUUAACAACAACAACCAAACAGCUUUCGAUGCUUUUGAGCAAUUUAAACAAGAAGAUAAUCCGCCCUUCCCACAGCGGCUAACAUGGUGUCUACUAAAAUCUGCUGGCGUACAAAGAGCUAAAAGAGGGUUACACUCUGUCGAGAUCCCUUCCCCCUGCAAGCCAGAACCCAAAAACACAAAAUUUUAUAAAGACAGAAUCAACACUCUUAUGGUGGUUUCGACCCUUAUAACUACAGUAGCAUUUGCUGCGGGUUUUACUUUGCCUGGUGGAAUUAACAGUUCUACUCCAAAAGAAGGCAUGGCUGUUAUGCUACAUCACAUGUGGUUUAAACCAUUUAUUUUCUGCAUCACAACAUCCAUGUACGGUGGUAUUAGUGUCACUAUUACACUCAUUUGGGCUCAAUUAGGAGAUGUAACUUUGGCUCUUUUUGCCCUUAAUGUGGCAACACCCCUUUUAGGAGUCACUCUUGCAACCUUAUCAGUGGCAUUCUUGGCUGGUGUCCACCUUGUUAUAAGCGAUCUCAGUUGGUUGGCCACUACUAUUAUGAUUUUGUGUGUGAUCUUCAUUCUUCUACUUUUAUUUCUAUACAUUCUUCUCUGGUUGCCCUCAGCAUCAAGCAACCCAAUAAUGCGAUGGAUUUCUUAUGUCCCUUUCAAGAUUCUCACAUGGUUAUUUGAGAAAAGUUCAACUGAAGAUAAGAAUAUGUGAAAGACCCCUUCGUUGAUCUGUAUGAUACUUAGAAAGUGACCCUAGAUCAAUAUCUCAAGCUAGGGGUAAGGAGCUUGGUGCAUAUCAACAUGUUUGAAUUGUGAUUUGAUAGUAUGAUAUUAGCGGAUGUUAAUAAGACACUCCCUUGUGGUGUUUUGUCUAAGUUAGUUGAUGUCAUCUAGUUAUGGCUAUAUGUGUUUGUAAGGCCAACAUAUUUUGUUGGAAACAUGUAAUUUCUCUAAACUCUUGGCUUGUCUGUGUGAGAUCCUAUAUAUUGGUUUGGUUGUGUAUGCAUUUUAUUUGGACAAUGUGAGAAGAUAUACUU